AUCGGAUCUAAAUCCGGCCGCCGCCGCCGCCGCCACCACCACCACCACCACCGUAGAACUGUAGGGUCACGUUGAGUAGUGGUUCUCAAGCUCACACACUAGUCAUUGAUCAGUGCCGUCAUAACUCCAACUCAACAUCACACUUAAUUGCUUCUUUUUUAUUUAUUUAUUUAUUUAAUUUCAAUAUCACAUAUCAAAUAAAUGUUCAAAACCUAAAUUUCAACCCCAACCAAUUCCUCUUACCUAAGUAUCCAUUCAUACUUAUCUGUCCUCAAUUCCACAAACCAAUUCAUAAUAACUCUCAACAAUCUCAACUAACCAACCUUUCAUCUUUCAUCACAUGGGUCUCUCAAAUUCCUCAUCUUUCCCUCUUAAACCACCAAAAAGCCAUGUUCUUGUCAAUUCUUAACACCCUUCUGACUCCAAGAUCCAAAGUUGUUAACUUUAUCACUCUCACAACCUUCUUUCCAAAAAUCCAUGGCACCCUUUAAUUUAUUCUUCCUAUUACACCUUCUAUUCAUUCCAGCAAGUGGCUAUGUUCAACCCUUUGAAGAUGGGUUCAUCUCUGGUGUUAUAUCUAAUAAGGGUCUUGAUUUUGCAAAGGAUUUGUUGGUAGAGAAAGGUAUUGAGUCUAUUGUUCUUCUUAAGUUACCAGAGAUUGAGAAUUCUGCACAAGUUUCACUUGUUGGAACGGCUAAGGUUGUUCUUUCUGAUAUCACAAUUAAGGAUGUUCAAGUCAAUUCUUCUACGUCUCUUAGGAUUGGAGAGAGUGGGAUAGUUGUAGUUGUUUCUGGUGCUACUGCUGAUUUGAGUAUGAAGUGGAAGUAUACUGUCAGCUCUUGGUUGAUUCCAAUUGGAAUUUCUGAUAGUGGGACUGCUUCAAUUAAGGUUAAAGGAAUGCAAGUCGGGCUUACAUUAAAUUUAAAGAACCAAGACCAAGAAGGACGUCUUAAGUUGAGCCUCUUAGAUUAUGGAUGCUAUGUCGGAGAUUUAUCGAUAAAGCUGGAUGGUGGAGCAGCCUGGCUUUACCAAUUGCUAGUUGACGCUUUUGAAGACAAUAUAGCAUCUUCAGUAGAAGAAGGAAUUUCGGGGAAAAUAAAAGAAGGGAUAACAAAGCUUGAUAAUGUUUUGCAAGCUCUUCCAAAGCAAAUCUCAUUGGACGAAACUGCUGCGCUAAAUGUUUCUUUUGUUGGCAAUCCUGUGUUGAGUAAUUCUUCUGUUGCAAUUGCAAUAAACGGUUUAUUCACAAGAACAAGCGAUAUUUUAGCACCUCAAAAUUACAAGAAAGGAUAUAAAGUUUCUUCUGCCUGUGGUGGUUUACCAAAGAUGAUGAAGAUUUCAAUACACGAAAACGUGUUCAAGUCUGCUUCCCUAGUUUACUUCAACGCAGGUAAAAUGCAAUUGAUUAUCGAUGAACUACCCGAUCAAGCUUUUCUGAACACUGCUGAAUGGAGAUUCAUAGUUCCUCAAUUAUACAAGCGAUAUCCAAACGACGACAUGCAGAUUAAUGUCUCUGCAUCUUCUCCACCAUUCAUACAAGUGGGCUACCAAGAUAUCGGUGCCACUGUUUCCGUAGAUAUAACGAUUAAUGUUCUAGAAGGCGGCGAAGCCAUACCUGUUGCAUGUAUCUCAGUGGAUAUUAGCGCUUCAUGUUCUGUGGAAAUUUUAGGAAACAAUAUUGCUGGUAGAAUUAGAUUACAAAAUUUUUCUGCAUACCUGAAAUGGAGCAAAAUCGGAAAACUGCGCAUACAUCUUAUUCAGUCACUGGUAUCAAGUGCUCUCAAAACAAUUGUCGUACCGUACUUGAACCGACAAUUGAAGAGUGGAUACCCGUUGCCAACUGUCGAUGAUUAUGGCUUACAGAAUUCUAUUAUCUUGUACAAUUAUCCAUGGAUUUCAGUGUGUAGUGAUGCUUCCUUUAUAGAAGAAGAUUACUAACUUAUGUAUCAUAAAAGUACUGUAAAGAAUUUUUCUGCUGUAUUUUUUGUGGUAAGAUAUCUGUAUAGUCUGAAGAAUCUGAAUAAUGUAUGUAGAAGAAAUUCAUCUGUAUAGACUACUUGUGUAUAUA